GAUUAUCGGAUGGCUGCAAAACCGCCUUUCCUACCGGAACAACAACCUCAGAGUACUUUUGCAUCUGCGUCAUCGACAACACCAACUACAUGGCAACCUUGCACAACGACGAGAGCGAGCACAUUUCGCUUGCGACCAUCUCGGCGUUCCUCGCACCGACGACCGACUUUGGCGACUCGACAUCAUCGUCCUCUGCGUCCUCGCCGCCCACCUCCCCGUCCAGCACCACAAUGACCUACCUACGCCCCAAGCAAGAGAUUGAGGUACUCCGCGUCCUCCAUACAAAGCUCUCUCGCCGGCUACGCAAGCUCCAGGCGCGGCUUGCGAUGGUUCCCGCCGUGGCGCUGCCAUGGCAGGCCCGAGCGAUCGAGCAAGCGACCGGUGUUCAACGCGCUCGACAAGAGAGCACUCGGCUCCAAGAGAUGGUAGCCGAGCGGGCCCAGGUCAUCGAAGCCCUGCAGCGAGUGCUUAUCAAGCAUCCCAAGUCUGCGCGCCGCGAUGUCUCGUGGUCACAGGCCAUAUUGGGACCUUCGAAUCGCGCGCUGCAUUUAGAGCAACUCUUGCGGAACCAGUACGAGAAGCGCUGCAGCGCCUGGGUUCGCUACGGCUUGUACGAUGCCCGAGACCAGUACUUGCAAGAGAGCCGGGGGUUUGUCGAACGCAGCUCAAACGAGACGCUGUCGUUGGUCUGUCUUCUCUCGAAAAAGGUGCCGCUCUCUGUGCACGACAUGAGUGCUUUGCUGUGGCAACUCAAAUCGCGGCCCCUCGAAGGGGACUGUACGGUACUGGAAGAGUUGCACGCCGACCUCCUCUACUUUCGGGAGACACUGCAUCUACCGGCGCCAAAUUUGCCGCGCAUUGAGGCGCGGACGGCACUGCGACGGUAUACCGAAAGCAACGACAGCGUCGUCUUUGCGUGGCGCUCCAUUGUCGACGAUCACCUGUAUCCGAUCGACGCACGCCACGUCAUCGGUCAACGGGAUGGCUGGGCGACGGUUCAGGCCCUGGACGACGGGUCAAGCACGUUCCUGCAAGUGUGCGUGCGACUUUCGCUGCCGACAUCGGCGCUGUCGACCACGAGUACGCUAGCGCCCGAGGCGCUCGCCACGCUCGUGCUGUCGCUGAUGGAGACUAAUUGCACUUGCCUUUUCAACCAGCUCGACCGGAUAGUGCACAGCUGCCAAACAAACCAUUAUGAACUGUAACAAGCGCCUUGUCAUUUGCAUGCGGCCGG